GAUUCAACACAGCCGUUCGUACCUCGUAAGCAAUGCUCUUUCCAAACAUUUUCAGCUGUUACCUCGGAAUUCUCGAACUCCUUUCUUUUUUUUUUGACCGUUAACUUAUUGGGAAAUUCAACAUAGUAGCGUGGAGGAUUUAUUCAAACAGUGUGCUGAUUUGAGGGUUCGAUUUGACCUUGUGUUUUGAAUGGCCUUAAACUGCUGAUUCUUGUUUGUAAAGGAGUAUAGUGAUGAUGGAGAGCUUUGCUGUUACGAACGGUGGUGAAAGGACUUGUAAUAAUGGUGAGGAAAAUGAGAGACUGGGUGAUCAUAUACUUGAGGAAAUGGAGUCCUUUUUUCUGGAUAUUGAUGAAAGUUUGGCCAUCUCUAGGAUGGUGAGUGACUCUGUCAUAAAGGGCAUGGUUAAUGCUGUCGAGGAACAGGCAGCUGAGACAAUUGCUCAGAAAGAAUUGGAGGUGGUUGGGCUAAAGAAAAUACUGCAUAAUUGUCAUCUAGGUUCAGAUGAAACUAAAACAUUGAGGUCUCUGGCACAUUAUCAUGAACCCCAUGAAGCUGCUACACAUCAUUUUACGGAUAGUGUCACAGAGCACGAUAGACUUAUAAAGUCUGUGGAUAAUCUUCAAAUUGAAGUCCAUGAGCGGUUAAAGCAGCUGAAGAAAGAAAUAAAUAAAAUAAGAGAGACUAGUUCCAUCAAAAGAUUUAGUUCAGGUUCUGAUUUGGUGGGUUUAAGUGGUAUUCUGGAGGAGAAUGUGCCGGAAAGAUGGAUUUAUGUCGAUAAAACUUUUGAAAGUCUAAAAGAUACUCUAGACACUUUAUGCAGAAGGAUGGAAGUUAUGGAUCAGUUAUCAAAGGCGUCACUUUCUGAAUGGCAAGAGGAGCAGGAGUUUCGAACAGAAAUUGAACGGAUGGUGAUCAGAAAUUGUAUCUGGAGUUUGCAGCAGGAGUUUGAACAAAAACUAUGGGACCUUUGUGACUCUGAAAGUAGAAAUUGUUUUAGCCAUCAUAAAGAAAUCUCAAGUUUGCGUCAGGAAUUGGAUUCAAUUUUUAAAACACUAUCUGUUUCGGAAUUUGGGCAGCUUAUUUCUCAUGGAUCCUUGGAGAAUAGUGACGAAUGGUGUCAUAAUAAGAGGGCUGAUCAUUUCCACGUGAAGCUUUCAACAGAUCAUUCAUCACCUUCAACUUUGGAAGAAAAUGGGAAAGAGGACGACUCGAAGAUUAACAAGCCUGAGAAUCUGGAUUCUGGCUCACUAAAGAGCAUGUCUAGAGAUGAAUUGGUUACUUAUAUAACUAAGAUGAGAAGAAACCAUGAAUCUCAGGUGCAAGAGAAGACUGAAGAAAAUUUUCGCCUUAGGCGGGAACUAUUGAAUUUGAAAGAAAGAGGUUCUUCUUUUCCUUUGAAGAAGGACAAGGACUUUGAUUUGUUGAAGAAAAAAAUCCCUGAUGUCAUCUCAAAAUUGGAUAAAAUCCUCGUUAGAAAUGAGGAAGUGCAUCAAUUCAGUGAAAACGUUGAAUCUCUUAGCAGUGUAAAGGAUAGAUUGGAUUUCUUACGCUCUGAGAAUCAUCAACUGAAGGACAUGCUAACGGAUAAGAAGAAGGAGUUUAAGAGUCUAUCUUCUCAGCUUUCUGCUGCUGUUGAAAAAUUGUCGCAGCAACAACUGACUGAGAAAAACUUGUUACAAACUAUUCAGAAGCUUGAGGAUGAUAUAGGGGAUGAACAUGCUGAAGUUUCAAUUAUUCAAGAUGUAUAUAAAUGUCUUUUUGAAGAUAUUUGGAGUGAAUUUAGAUGCAUUACUGAAGAAUUACAUCUGAAGAAUAACUUCAUGGAAGAAAUAUAUGAAAUAAUACUCAAAGAAACUGUUCACAGUGCUCAAGCUUCUAGUGGGUUGGAAACUGAGGAAGAAGAUAUGGAGUCAACUAUGAUGCAAGGGCUGUUGGAUAUUAAUCAUACUAUAUUUAAAGAAGCUUUGGUGGAUGUGAACAAAGCGUUAAAAUUGGAAGCUGCUGAGAAAGAGGAGCUAAAACAUGAAAUACUUAUGUUGACAUCAUUAGUGGAUGAAAAGGAAAAGUUGAUACAAGGAGUAGAAGAUGCUUUGGUUCAAGAGCAGCAAAAGAUGGAGUUUGCCUCUGAACAGCUUAACAGUUUGAGAGCUAAGACAGUUCAGCAACAUAAAUUAAUUGCAGAGAACAGUAAAGAGUUGGAAGUCACCAAGGGUGACCUGGUUGCAGCACUGAAGGAAAUCAAACAAUUCAAAGACAAAAUGAACAUGUUACAUCAAAAUCUUGAACAAAGAACGGACAAGCUUAGAGAAAUUGAUGAAGAAAGAAGGGUACUUUGUGCUGUUACACAAGAGCAACAAGAUGCAUUAAAACUGAUUGAGGCAAAAGAAAGUGAAAGCAGGAAGCAAAUGGAAUCAACCAUUCAUCUCAUCCAUAAAUUGUUGACUAUGUUUACUGAUUUUGAAGCUAGAGUAAAUGAAGAUAUUUCAAGAAAUUGUUUGAGGCUUGAAAACAUGUGUUCUGAGUUUUGUUGCCUCAAUAACAAAGCCAAUGUACUUAAAACUAUGGGAUUGGUGUACAAGCAAAGGCUGGAAACAAGAUGUUCUGAUCUUGCAAAGGCUGAAGAAGAGGUUGAUCUUUUGGGGGAUGAGGUAGAUACUCUUCUUAGCCUCCUUGAAAAAAUAUACAUUGCACUUGAUCAUUAUUCACCGAUAUUGCAGCAUUACCCCGGGAUUAUUGAGAUUCUGGAGCUUGUAAGAAGAGAACUGAGUGCAUGGUCUAGGAAACUUUUUUAAUCGUAUGUUCUGGCCAGGUGAAGAGUUUGUACAGUUUGUUCACAAAAGUUGCAUUCAGCUGGCUGAGUUUUUGUACACUCCUUAAACAGAUAUUAUUUUGAGGAAAACAACAGAAAAGAAUCAACAAUUUAUGCUGCACACCUUUGAUUUUUGCCAUACACGAAUGCUUUGUAUACGUACUAGGAGACAUGCCGGGUUCUGUUGGCUCUAGUAAACCACAAAUUUGCCAUCUCUUUGUAAUGCAUAGUUUGUUUUCUAUAUGGGCUAAUAGCAGUUGUAUAUGUAUUUUUUUGUUUAUUAUUAGUUUCUAGAUGGAUAGUUGUGUUAUUGGCAUAAGUGUAUGACCUUCUUUUGCAUUCACUGAAUUAUGUGUUUAAAAUGG